AUGGCUCCUACUAUCCUCAUUGCCGGCGCCACCGGCAACACCGGCCGCAGUGUUAUCGAAACCCUAUCAAAACUACUACCAACGAGCAAAACGCUGUCACAUCACCGCAUACUCGCUCUCACGCGCGCUGCGAGUAGCCCUACCGCGCAGCAGCUCGCCACCUUCCCGGGCGUGGAGGUAGUGGAGCAGAACUGGGUGGACAUUACCGCCGACUGGCUCAAACACCACGAGGUAGUCCGAGCCUUCAUUGCAUCCCACAACAAGCCGAAUCAAUUUGCGGAAGAAUCCACCUUUCACCUCGCCGCGCUCCAGGCUGGGGUCCAAUAUGUGGUUCGCAUCUCGACCACCGCUGCGAACGUCCGCCCGGACUGCGGGGCUUACUAUGCACGCACGCACUGGGCCAUCGAGACCCUUCUGAGUUCCCCAGCAUUCGGCCGCUUACAGUGGACCUCGCUGCAGCCCAAUAUCUUUUCGAGCUUCUACUUGGGCCCCGCGGCGGAGUUCAUCAAGAAGUAUCGUCUCACUGGAGAACAGGGAACCCUGAGGUUGAUGGCGUCCAAGGAGGCCCCCGUGGCCGCGAUUGAUUCCGAUGAGGUUGGGAUCUUUGCCGCACGCCUUUUGUCGCAGGAUAACCCUGCUCCCCAUCAUCAAGCCAAAUAUGUCCUCAAUGGGCCGGAGGACAUCACCGGCGAGCAGGUUGUGGGACUGGUCGAGCAGAUCAUCGGUGUGCCGAUCAAGAGCGUUAGCUACAAAGACCUGUCGGGCCUCGAUGCCUUCCUUGCGCAGGAGUACAUGGGGGGUCAGCAGUCGCGCAAUGUGGUUUGGUCGAUCAAGCACGCCCCUGAGACGGCGUGGGCAGGGGAGUGCACGGCCUCGACUACAAGCAAGGAAGUGUUGGAGCUCGCGGCUCCACAGCGAACACCUGCGCAGGUCCUGCAGAGUCUAUUAAAGGAUUAG